AGUCAGCGGGAACCGGGCAGGGCGCAGGCCGACUUCACUGAGCUGCUUGGCGGAGUUGAUUUGAUUUGUAAAGUUUGACAAAUCUUUAUCAGCAAAGAGACAAACUUUGAGAGUUUCAGACCUAUGGUUACCAUUUAACGUCCUUCUAUAUUGCUACCAAAAGGUAUCAAUGGAACUUCAUCACUGCCCAGCCUUUGUUACCCGCACAGGCACUGCAACAGUUAGGGUGCUGGAUUUUGGGCAGCCAGGAUUACGAAAUCCCAGUCCAGUUAUUAAAGAUGAAUGUGAAUUCCUUAUUGAAGAAUAUCUUUCUCCUUCCAAAUUGCGAGCCCUGACCAAAACAGAGGACCUACGACAGGUGAAAGUUCUGGAGAUGUGCGUAGACACACAGGAUAACAGUCUUGGAAAUUUUGGUACUCAUUUGCCCAGUUUGGUUCAACUGAAGCUGAAUAGCAGUUUCAUCGCAUCGGUAAGGGAUCUUGGGACAUCAUUAACAAAACUGCAGGUGCUCUGGAUGGCUCGCUGUGGCCUUAAAGACUUGGAUGGAAUUCCUUCCUUCUGUUCAUUAAAGGAACUAUAUGUGGCAUAUAACAGUAUUUCAGAUGUCAGCCCGGUGAGCAUGCUGGAACACCUUGAAGUACUAGACCUGGAAGGGAACAACAUUGAUGAUAUUGUACAAAUCCACUUUGUAGCUCUGUGCAGCAAGCUGAACACACUCACACUGGAGGGGAACCCAUUUUGCUCACAACAAAAUCCAGGGAUCCCUGAGGAUUCAAAUUCUAACUACAGGGAGACAGUUAAAAAGCUAAUCCCACACUUGAAGUAUUUGGACGACAUUCCUGUGAAUGAGGCCUGCAUUCAGUCUAACUGUACCAUCAAUAAGGAUUGGCUUAUUGUGAAGGAAGCCAUUAAGGAUGGCAUCUCAGCUGAGGACCUUGAAAAUUUAGAUGACAGUAUUACCAUUGGGAGAUCAGCUUCUCGAAAGCACCAAAGUUGUACACCUCAAAAGUUGUCAGCUUCUCAGAGGCCACACAGCGCUGGAAGACUCUCCACAGGGUCUACUGUUGGCAUCUUACGAACAAGAAUUCCUGAUAGCAGGCUUUAUGAUGGUGCAAGUGACCUAACACAUGGUGCCAGCAGCAUAUUUUGUGGAAAUCCUGUCACAGCUCUUCGAGCCCGGAGGAAGAAGCAAGGUGUAUCAAGUGAUGGAGCAGGGAACUGGUUCAGUCCGUAUACACACUUGCCAGAACAUACCUAUGAUUCACUAGAAAUCGAUAGCAGAACCCGAGAUGAUAUUUUUGCAGAACUGAGAGCUUGGCGGAACGAACACAGUAGGCGCCUUGAAGCUAUUUUGAAGGAACAAGAACCACAAGUGUUGAAGAUUGAUCAUAAUGAUAAUGAUGUCCUGAGCAUUCAUUCAGGUGAUGAGGAGAAGAAAGAUAACUGCUCUGAUGAAUGGACUGGCUCUGUUUCACAAGAAACUCCAUGCUUGUCGCCUUUAGUCACUUCAUCCCCAAAUUUUUCUCCCGAUAUGGAAAGCUUGCUGGUUGCAGACUUUAAUCGAACAUUGUCUCCCGUUCCUCCUUCUCCUCAAGAAGUAUCUGCAAGAUCACAGAAAGUACUUGACUUUAGGGUUAGACGUUUAAGAAGGCCUGUCCAGGUCGAAAGUGAAUCAUUGCAAGAAGGAGAUGAGGACUCUGCUGUGUUUGAUGAAGACAAAGAAGCUGUAUAUUCACAUGAAGUUAAAUCAAGAAGUAAGCUUGAAGACAGGAUCGAGAGCCUAAGACCAGUUUCUGGACCAGCUACAAUCAGAUUAAGAAGUGUGAAGCCAAGUGUUGAUAAAAGGCCUCAAAAAAUUAUUGACAGUCAUCAGCCAAUAAUUCGUUCAUCUACAAAAACACCUGAAAGGCCUCUCUCCCUGAACCCUGUGCGACCCCUGACUGCUAAGGCUGCACUGCAGCGAUUGCCAAACAGACCAUUGCUUCUGCCCAACAGAGGAAACAAGACAACAAGCUGAUGGUUACAGCAGUUCUGGAAAGUGACGUCCAAUUUGUGCUUCGUUGUAAUGAAAACCUUUUAAUUAAGACUUUUGAGCACGGGAAAAGAAGAAACACUUUGUACUACACUUGUCUUGCUAGUUUCAAUUCUGGUCGUGGAGGUGAAAAGGAUGGGUAAGCCAGUCACACACAUGCCUGUGUUGUUGUAUACCCACACAGAAUUAACAUAUAUUACUGUUUAAAUGGUUUGCUGUUGCAGAUCUUUAUAAACCAACAAAUAUACAGUCACAUUACCUGACUUACUGUACAUGUUUACUAACCCUACUGUAUUUUCCGAAGAAGAUUUA